AUGGCAGGCGAAGCGUGGCAAACCAUUGCAUAUUUUAUUCCAUACGUUCUUGAAUGCAUCGAGGGCGAAUUGGCCACGAUCGGGGACAUCAAGACUGACGAAACCUUGUCCGAGCUCUACGCGGCUGUCACCGCGGCGCGGGAGCAGGUCGAGGAGUUCCUCGACGUGGUGGAGCGAGAUUCAGGAGAGCCCAGUGCGUGGGACCUACUGCCGGUCAUGUUAGCCGAUGACAUACUCGGAGACAUCGGAGAGCAGUUCGAUCUCGUGGUCAAUUCUGCCCUAGAUCAGCUUAGCUUGGCUUUUGAUUCGAUCGACACCGUCGACUCGCAGGCACCUGAAAGCAAGGGCACGAGACGGCUGACCGAGGAGCAGAUUAAUCGGUUCAUGGGCCACAUCGAGGCCUUUAUGAACACCAUCGGGACUCUACUCUACUACCCGAAGGUUUGGCUGAAAUGA